AACACGGAAUCCAUACCACCUCAAAACCGUAGGCCCCAAUCUCUCUCUACUUUCUCUCUCUCUUCAAAAUUUCAGCUUAAAAAAGUGAUACGGUACACAAUAAAAUAAAACAGAGAAAGAAUCGCAAACCCUAGAACUAGAAAUUACCAGAAGCAGCGAAAAGGGUUGUGCUGAUCAAAAAAUGAAGACUCUCUGAUACAUAUUUUAUGUUUUUCUUGUUUCUCUGGAAUCUUCUGAGCUGAUAAAGGUUGGAUAUUUUCAUGAUGGUUGCCACAGCUGCUGCUUCUGCAUUCUUCCCAGUUUCUUCUCUACCACCCGACUCUGGUGCAAAGACAUCUGGCAAGCUUGGAGGUGUGCAUGCGAAUGUGGAUGCACGAGGGAUUAAGUCAAAACCUGCUUCUUCUGGGAGUUUGCAGGUUAAGGUCAAUGCACAAACCCCACACAAAGUAAAUGGUACCAGAGUUGGUGUAAUGGAAGGUCUCAAGAGUGCGGAUGCGACGACAUCACCUCCCCCGAGGACUUUUAUUAACCAAUUGCCAGAUUGGAGCAUGCUCCUCGCUGCUAUCACGACGAUUUUCUUGGCAGCAGAGAAGCAAUGGACAAUGCUUGACUGGAAGCCAAAGCGGCCUGACAUGCUCAUUGAUCCGUUUGGUUUUGGGAGAAUUGUUCAGGAUGGCCUUGUUUUCCGUCAAAAUUUCUCUAUAAGAUCGUAUGAGAUAGGGGCUGAUCGGACUGCAUCUAUAGAGACAUUGAUGAAUCAUUUGCAGGAAACAGCCCUUAACCAUGUAAAGAGUGCGGGACUUAUGGUUGAUGGCUUUGGUUCAACUCCAGAGAUGUGCAAAAAAAACCUGAUAUGGGUGGUCACCAAAAUGCAGAUUGUGGUAGAUCGCUAUCCUACUUGGGGUGAUGUUGUUCAAGUAGACUCUUGGGUAGCUGCAUCUGGAAAGAAUGGUAUGCGGCGUGAUUGGCUUGUUCGUGACUGGAAAACAGGAGACGUUUUAACAAGAGCUUCCAGUGUAUGGGUGAUGAUGAAUAAAGAGACACGGAGGUUAUCUAAAAUGCCAGAUGAAGUCCGAGAAGAAAUAGGGCCUUAUUUUGUGGAUUCACCUCCUGUUGUGGAAGAGGAUAACAGAAAAUUAUCAAAACUUGAUGACCGCACAGCGGAUCAUAUUCGUACUGGUUUGACUCCAAAAUGGAGUGAUUUAGAUGUCAACCAGCAUGUUAACAAUGUGAAAUACAUAGGUUGGAUCCUUGAGAGUGUGCCACUGUCAAUCUUGGAGAGCCAUGAACUUUCUGGGAUGACUUUGGAAUACAGGAAGGAGUGUGGAAGGAACAGUGUAUUGCAGUCUCUUACUGCUAUUCCAAGCACUGUUGUCAGUGAUAUGCUUAAUCCCGGUUACGCUGAGUGCCACCAUUUGCUUCGGCUUGAGGGUGGCGGCGAAAUUGUGAAGGCAAGGACUGAGUGGAGGCCAAAAUUUGCCAACAGUCUUGGGAGCAUUGCUCAGCUUCCAGCAGAAAACCCUGUGUGUUCGCACUCUUAGAUGGCGUGGAAGUAGCUGUUGCCGUGUAGAAUCCUACUUGUGUUAUUGAUUCUAUAUAUGUUUCUUCUUUAUACAUGUUCCUUAUCUAUAUUUCUUCUUUAUUUAUAUUUUUCUUACAUAUAUACCCAUUGUAAGUAGCUCUUUGCUGUAUUCUCUCUCUCAAUCGCCUUCUUUAACUUGGCAACUCGAUGAUUUUAACCUUUUAUGUGGCAAUUCUUUAUUUAUUACGAUGAGAUAUGUUCUCUGAGGAAA